AUGGGAUACGAAGAUAAAUUACUAGCCCCGGCUUUAAAGUUUAAAACCUUUUUGGAUGGUUUUCCGAACAUUCAUAACGUCUAUAUUGUUGUUGGUAUUUCUUGUAUAUCUGGCAUGAUGUUUGGUAUUGAUAUCUCUUCGAUGUCUUUAUUCAUUGGAGAUGAUAACUACUUAGAUUUCUUCAACUCGCCCAAUUCUACACUUCAAGGAUUUAUUACAGCAUCUAUGUCUCUUGGGUCGUUCUUUGGGGCAUUGUCUUCUGCUUUCAUUUCAGAACCUUUUGGGAGAAGAAUGUCGUUGAUGUUUUGUGCAUUUUUUUGGUGUGUUGGGGCAGCAAUUCAAUCUUCUUCGCAGAGCGUCGUCCAAUUGAUUAUUGGUCGUUUCAUUUCUGGAUUUGGUGUUGGGUUUGGUUCCUCGGUGGCCCCAGUUUACGGUACAGAAUUGGCACCAAGAAAAAUAAGAGGAUUUAUAGGUGGAUUAUUUCAGCUUUCGGUCACAUUAGGAAUCUUAGUUAUGUUCUAUGUCUGUUAUGCUUUACAUUUCAUUAAUGGCGUGGCUUCAUUCAGAUUAUCAUGGGGGUUGCAAAUUGUUCCUGGCCUUUUAUUGUUCAUCGGCUGUUUUUUUAUCCCUGAGUCACCUAGAUGGCUAGCUAAGCAAGGUUGUUGGGAAGAAGCAGAAUAUAUUGUUGCGAAGAUUCAGGCUAAAGGCGAUAGAGAAGAUCCUGAUGUCAUGAUUGAGAUCACUGAGAUUAAGGAUCAAAUUUUGGCAGAAGAAAAUAUCAAAUCUUUCACUUAUGCAGAUCUAUUCAAACGUAAAUACCUCCUUAGAACCGUAACAGCUACUUUUGCUCAAAUAUGGCAACAAUUGACAGGGAUGAACACAUUAAUGUAUUAUAUUGUUUAUGUUUUUGAUAUGGCUGGCUAUCUGGGUGACGCAAAUUUAAUUGCGUCUUCUAUUCAGUAUGUUCUAUUUUUUGUUAUGACUGCUCCUUCAUUAUAUUUAAUGGAUAUAUUCGGUAGAAGGCCUAUAUUAUUGAGUGGUGCGGCAUUCAUGAUGAUAUGGCAAUUUGCGGUUGGCGGUUUGCUCUCGACCUAUGCUGAGCCCACUGAUAAUGUUGGAGGUAACGAUACUGUUAGAUUAAGGAUCCCCCCUGGUAACUCGACUGCAGCCAAAGGCGUAAUUGCUUGUUGUUACUUGUUUGUUGUAUCAUUCGCAUAUAGUUGGGGUGUAUGUAUCUGGAUGUAUUGUGCUGAGGUUUGGGGUGACAGUGCCUCAAGACAAAGAGGGGCAUGUUUUACGACAUCAGCAAAUUGGAUUUUUAAUUUUGCAAUUGCAAUGUUCACUCCAUCAGCAUUCAAAAACAUUACUUGGAAAACAUACAUGAUUUUUGCUACUUUCUGUGGUUGCAUGUUCCUUCAUGUAUUCUUCUUUUUCCCUGAGACUAAGGGUAAGAGAUUAGAAGAAAUUGGACAAUUGUGGGAUGAAGGAAUUCCAGCAUGGAGAUCAGCUUCAUGGGAACCAACUAUUCCGUUCUUAACAGAUAGUGAGUUACAUGAAAAAUUAGAAAUAAAUCACGUUGAGGAUUCAAAUUCGGGUCAUUCGAGCGCUUCUAAAUAA